AUGGCACAGCAGCUAUCCAGUGUCGCCUGGUCCGCUGAUAGACUCGACGUCUUUGGCAUCGGCACUGACAACGCCUGUUGGCACUCCUGGUGGAAUGGCUCUAGCUGGGGUGGAUGGGAAUCACUCGGUGGGGUCUUCAGCAGUCCUGUUCAAGCCGUCAGCUGGGGUCCUAACAGGAUUGACCUUUUUGGCCUUGGCACUGACAACGCCUGCUACCAUAAAUGGUGGAAUGGAAGCAGCUGGGGUGGAUGGGAAAAUCUUGGAGGGGCUGGUAGUAGCGCUGUCAGUGCAGUGAGCUGGGGCCCCAAUCGACUGGAUCUCUUUGUACGGGGCACUGAUAACGCUGUCCACCAUAAAUGGUGGAAUGGAAGCAGCUGGGGUGGAUGGGAGUCACUCGGCGGCAAGGUCAACAGUGGCAUUGAGGCCGUUAGCUGGGGACCCAACCGCCUGGAUCUGUUUGCACUGGGCACCGAUAACGCUGUCUACCAUAAAUGGUGGAAUGGAAGCAGCUGGGGUGGAUGGGAGAGCCUCGGCGGUGUCGCAACUAGCCCUGUCUCGGGGGUUUGCUGGGGCUUAAACCGCAUAGACAUCUUUGUCAAAGGCACUGACAAUGCCUUGUGGCAUAAAUGGUGGAAUGGUAGUAAAUGGGGAGGCUGGGAGUCCCUUGGUGGAGUCGUGACCAGUGAUGUCAAAGUUACUAGCUGGGGCAAAGAUCAUUUGGAUAUAUUCGUGCGAGGGUCCAAGAAUGAUGCUUGGCAUAUAUACUGGUACAAUGGCAAAUGGGGCGAAUGGGGACAACUCGGCAACAAUACCUUGUUUACUGCAAUUUCAGUUGUGUCUUGGGGAGCUGGUCGCCUGGAUCUUUUUGCAAUUGCCACGGACAAAAACGCCGUUUUGCACCAGGCGUGGAACGGGACGUCUUGGGGCGGGUGGGGGUCUCGUGGAGGAAUUUUCCUUAGCCAGCUUCGAAAUGUGUAA